AUGGCAGCCGCAGGGGCGCCCGGCUUAUCCAUCGGAAUCAUUAACGGAGUCGACGGCACUACCCAAAGCUAUCACCUAGGCUACCGUGAUGUGGAGCGCCAGCUACGACCCAACGACCAAACCAGGUACAACAUCAACUCCCUGUCCAAAAGCGUCGUAUCUGUCUUGACAGGCAUGAUCAUCUUUGGCGGACAAGGACAGCCUGCUGUGACCUGGAGUGACCCAGUUCGCACCUGGCUACCGGAGUUCGGCUGCAUGUCCAAAGAUGUUCGCUAUGACAGCAAUAUUGUCGACCUACUUUCGCACCGAACUGGUGUGGUGGACAGUGACAAUUUAUGGCUGGGCGCGAACAACGCUGUCUUUCUGCCCAAAUCCGAAGCAAUCAGAUCGUUCACUGGACUCGGCUUUGUGGAACCAUUUCGGACCUCGUUCUCGUACAAUAACUUCGGUUAUGAGAUCGUCGGGCAAGUUCUUGAGAAGGUCACUGGUAAACCACUUGGCAAGCUCUUGGAGGAUUACGUCUUCCGGCCGCUCGCGAUGAAUCGGACAAGCACCUCCUGGAUGGACUCUGACGAUAACGAAGCAAAGUCCUACAGCGUGCUCAAGGAUCUCUCGCCCAUUGAAGUAGGCCGUCCCUUGCUUGGCAACGGUACCAUCAUGGAGGCCGCAGGCGGCGUCAAAUCCACGUUAGCGGAUCUCUUCGUGUAUUACAAGGCUCUCUUGCAAGAGAUCAACGCGCAAUUCGACUCCGGCACCGACUCAACCGACAUUUCCUCCUUGAAAUUCUGCAGGCUGAUUUCUUUCAAUCAAGCUCGAUUGCCUGGACAGUCCAUCCGCGAACAGGGAUAUGGCCUCGGCUUGGCUCGUGGCCAGCUUCCCGGCCAGCUUGGGAGAAUAUCGGCAAACAUUGGACUGGGUGAAGAGCCCAUCGUCGGCAAAGGAGGCCCUUCGACAUUGGUUUUGUAUCAUCACGGUUGCCAGCCCGGCUCUACGUCGGUUGUUUUGCUCCUUCCUGAGUUGAAGGCGGGCAUCGUCGUUCUUCAGAACUCGCUCCCUCUCGUUGACACCCCUGAUCUCAUCGGCCAGUUUCUCCUUGAGACUUUGUUGCAGACUCCAGAACCUAAUGACUACCUGCAGCUCACGCGAGAUUUCCAGGAGGUUGCGGUUCACACCAUUGACAAUGUCCGUGAAGAACUUGAAAAACAUCGGGUGCCUGGGACCAAGCCGCGUGCAUUGGAAUCCUUCAAAGGUCGCUACUGGAACGAGCUCAACAAUUUCUGCAUCGACAUCAACGUCACAAAUGAGGGCUUUCUAUCCCUGCGACUGCAGGGAGAUGAUUCAGAAGUGUAUCUUCUGCACCACUAUCACUACGAUACAUUCUCUUGGCUCAUGCCCCACGACGAGAUCAUCAAACGCGGUCGCAUGGUGACUUUCUUUGGUUGGGAAUACUACCUGAUGGAGUUCAGUGGCAUUACGACUGACAGCGACAUCCAUCAAUUCCACUGGAAAGUGAUGGAUUCUUACACCACCACCUUUACCAAGGAAAAAGCUAAUACCGACACCUCGGUGAGUUAA